AUGCGAGGAACAUCUGUGUUCUACGCAAACUCCAGCUCUGUCGCGAACGAGUUGCCUCUGGCGGUGACUGGUCUGGUGGACAUGAUUACGGUGGUGUUAGCGGGGAAGAAAAAACGGAGACCGUCCGAUCUUGGGCGUCUAUUGGGUGCCCGCAAAUCAAUGAUUAAGGACACCAUCAAUUACAUGCUCAAAGUCAAACUUGUCGUCAGUUCUCCCCUGGCGAAAUAUCUUCCUUUCAGUGAAGAGAGCCUCGAUUCGUACAGCGAGGAUGGAGCUAUCCCAAAAGUGUUGUUGGAUUCAAUUCUGACAUCGAAUGAUCCAUUGAAUGUGCGCGCAAGCGUGUCUUCUUCCUACGUUCGAGAUAGCAACGAAAUCGGCACUGAGAAAGUCAAUCUGAGCGACGACAGCUCUCCAACAAGUUCCAGCAGCGAUGAAGGCAGCGAGCUUGACGCGGAGGCGGCGUUGCGUAGAGGACGGCCUCCACCUGGUGGUACGAGCAACGCCCUCGUUGUGCCACACGGUGAAAUCCUGGACGAUUCUAACAACAACUCGGCAUGGGUAGAAGGCUUCAUGCACGCGUUCCCGGGAGGCUGUGGCGGGCCUUUGUGUCCUACGCGUAGAAACCCGGUAUCGUUCAACAGAUGGAUCCAGAUUUUGCUCAAUCGGGGAGACAUUGCAUGGAGAGUUGAUCGUUGUUUUUUGUGUUGCGCAGCCGCAAUUCGUUUCAGACAUGAAGCGAUUUCAAAUGUUCGAUUCAAGCUGUCCGUGCGACCUAAUUCUACAGAUGCAAACGCAAUAGCUUCUAUCACAAAAGAGGAUCUACAUGGCAUGGCAGAUGAACUCAAGUCUGGGAAAAGAACCAGCGCGCUUAAAAACAACAGACCCGAGAUCAGAGCUCUCUUUCGGAAAACGCAGGCCGUUUCAGGGGACGCGACGUGGACGGACCACGGAAAGCACAGGGUGCUUGCGACAGCACAUUCCAUGUUUAUUCAGUUCGGAUUGCCUUUCUUCUGGAUGACAGCGAAUCCUUCAGAUGUCAACAGCCCUUGCGUCAUGCAAUGCGGAGAGUAUAGAAAACGAUUGGACAUAACCGUUAACGACCCCGUGGCUUCGGCCACAUUCUUCCAUGAAACUAUGGAAGCCGUGGUAAAGUACAUUCUGAGAUUUGGGGCAAAGGAUGGCGAUGGUGGGGCGCUAGGCAACAUCAAAGCAUAUAUCGGAAUGACCGAAGAGCAGCAUCGUCUUAUGCUUCACGGCCAUCUGAUGGUAUGGGUGCACGGCUUCACGAGUCGGGAACUGCGGGACGACAUUGGGCGCAGCCUGAAGAAACACGCCAAACUAGCGAGAGUACAGGAAGUAUUGUACUACAUCGGACGACUAAUAUACAACCAGGUCAUGUCUCUCGAAGAGGUAGAGUUCAGCCUCCUCAACGCAUCUGAGCCAGUGUACAACAAUGUUAUGCUACCCAACGCGUCGCCAUUUGACGAGGGUAUCGCCCAACAGAACCAGAGCGACGUCGUUUCGGCAGAGGAAUGGCCGGAGCCACUUCACACACGAGAGGCUUGGAAAGACGAGCGCAAGGAUCGGAUGGACUACCGCUCCCUGGGGCCGAGUGUCGAUUUGGCUUCGGCGUUGACGGAAAGCCAGCCUAUGCGCGAGAGAGGAGGUGUGAACAACGGCAAGGCCGUCAUUUAUUCCGACGGUACGCUGGAGAUAGACGGCGUGAGGGUAGAGGUAGACGGACCUAACGAUCAAACCGCUGCUUUACGUUUGCAAGGAGAAAUUCUAAGAGCUUCCGCCGCCCGCGCCAAGGCAGUUGAAGACAACGUCCCUUUUGAAGACGACGACGACGAUUUCAUCAUACGGGUGCGCCGCGGAUCCACGCACAUCAACAGCUAUAAUUGGGUUGUUCAGCAGGCCAUACGAUCAAACAUGGACAUCAGGGUGCGGAGACGAUUGAAAUUAAGAUGA